AUGUAUAAAGUUCAUGAUUACAUAUUAAAUGAAGAUUCACGAUUGACUUAUCAUUAUACUACUACUACUACUACUACUACUACUACUACUACUACUACUACUACUACUACUACUACUACUACUACUACUACUACUACUACUACUACUACUACUACUACUACUACUACUACUACUACUACUACUACUACUACUACUACUACUACUACUACUACUACUACUACUACUACUACUACUACUACUACUACUACUACUACUACUACUACUACUACUACUACUACUACUACUACUACUACUACUACUACUACAACUAUUCAUAUUCUAAAGUUUCAUUACAUUUUAGAUUCUAUGUCGUUUAUGCUUGACAAUUACACAUAUACAUAA